UAUGCUGCUGAAAGUACGGGCCGUGACUUGCUCAUCCGUACCUGGUUGUCCUUGUACUGCCACAUUAAUGGAGGCUGUGGUAGCAUUUGAGGACAUAUACUAGUGCGCAGUAUCGGUGCACGCAGCUCCACUUACUGACAUAGGAAGCUUCGGUUCUGCUUCGCUCGAUUUCGCUUCCGUCACAGCAUCUCGCAGCUGUUAGCCUUCUGGAGAUAAUCACAACGAGGCAGUCACUGCCCCUUGUCCAAUAUGUUUUCAUACAAAAGGCAGGCAACCAUUCCAUCUUUUCACUUAUCUUCGUUCCUCCUCCUCCUCCCUCGACUCUAGUUCUUCAGGAAACAUGGCUCUCGACACCCAGGGCAUCCUUGCAGCGGUUACGAUCGCAAUGUAUGUCCCCUUCCUGUUAGUUUCCGCCAUGUUGGUGUCCAAGUACGGCAUACGGCGAGGCGAUGGGUGGAUCUUGUUGUUGGUAUUCUGCCUCAUUCGAGUAUUGGGCGGUGCUUUGCUUAUCGCAGCCGAGGAAGUCACGCCCGUGAAUACUUCAUUAUACAUCGGUGGUUACGCCCUAGAAGCAUCUGGCCUAUCCCCACUGUUGCUUUGCACCUUGGGUCUGUUGCACUCAAUAUUCCAAACUCCUGAUGGCUUUCAGAGAUAUAACAGGCAAUUUCGCCUUCUUGAAAUCCUCGGCAUGGUCGCUCUCAUCCUCACCAUCAUUGGCAUCAGCAAUGCGUCAAGUUCCGGCUCAGACUCUAGUGCGAACACCAUGCGCAGGGCCGGUGUCAUCCUCUUUGUCGCCCUAUACGCCAUCCUUGUCGGUGUUUGCCUCUUCCUAUGGACCCAGGUCCACUCUGUCAUGAGAUAUCGCAAACAGCUCCUGAAGGCCAUCUCCAUCGCACUUCCGUUCCUGGCCGUUCGGACGAUCUACAGCGUCCUGUCCACGUUCUCUUCGAGUACGUUUGUGACAACCGGAGCCACCCAGGUCAACACUAGCGACCUGGCAAAGUUCAACAUGUUCACCGGCGAAUGGCAAAUCUACCUCGUAAUGGACAUGCUCAUGGAAUAUGCGAUUGUGAUCGUCUAUUCUGUUGCAGGCCUCGUGCUGCACCUCAAUCAAGAUUACAAGACCCCAGAAUACAAUCAGGACGAGUACCCGUUGAGCAGACCUCAAUCGUGAGCGUCGGAUGGAUUAGUGUUGUAUCCGCGAAGUGGUCACCACCACUUGUUAAUUCGUUCUUAUAGGCUUUGUAAAGCUAUACAUAAUCAGAGUACCACGGUGUUUUAUUUAUUAUGUGGAUCAAAAAACAUCUUAAUUAUGGAUUUCGCUAAGACAC